AAGAGAAAGAAAUAAUUGCCUAUAGUAGUAGUGGUUUCACUUUCACAGUUCACAGUUCAGAGUUCAGAGUUCACACACUAUGGGCCUCUCACUCUCAGCAACCUUUACCUUUGUCACUAUCAUCUUCCUUUUCCUCACUCUCAUUGCACACUCAAGUUCUUCGCCACUACCUCCAUUUGCUUGCGAUUGGUCAAACCCAUCCACCAGAUCCUACCCAUUUUGUAACCCAAAACUUCCCAUCACACAACGAACCAAAGACCUUGUUUCCAGACUCACAUUGAACGAGAAACUCGCUCAACUCGUUAACUCAGCCCCUCCCAUUCCACGACUCGGUAUCCCUGCUUAUGAGUGGUGGAGUGAAGCACUUCAUGGCGUUGGGAAUGUCGGUCGUGGGAUCUUCUUCAAUGGCACCAUUUCAUCUGCAACUAGCUUCCCUCAAGUUAUACUCACCGCAGCUACUUUUGACUCUCAUCUCUGGUACCGGAUCGCUCAGGCAAUUGGGAUUGAAGCUAGAGCAAUAUACAAUGGAGGGCAAGCAAUGGGGAUGACAUUUUGGGCACCAAACAUAAACAUAUUUAGGGACCCCAGAUGGGGGAGAGGACAAGAGACAGCUGGUGAAGACCCUAUGGUUACUUCUAACUAUGCUGUUUCCUAUGUUAGAGGACUUCAAGGAGAUUCCUUUAAGGGUGGUGGUACAUUCAGAGGACACCUUCAAGCUUCUGCUUGUUGCAAGCAUUUCACUGCCUAUGAUUUGGACAAUUGGAAGGGUGUUAAUCGCUUUCACUUUGAUGCUCAGGUGAGUUUGCAAGAUCUGGCGGACACAUAUCAGCCACCAUUUCAUAGUUGCGUAGAGAAAGGACGAGCUAGUGGGAUUAUGUGUGCUUAUAACCGUGUCAAUGGUGUUCCAACCUGUGCUGAUUUCAAUCUCUUAACCAAUACCGCUAGAAAACAAUGGGGUUUCCGCGGGUAUAUUGCAUCAGAUUGUGGAGCUGUUGGGAUCAUACAUGAUCAGCAAGGGUAUGCAAAAUCACCUGAGGAUGCUGUAGCCGAUGUUCUCAAAGCUGGGAUGGAUUUGGAAUGCGGAAGUUAUUUAACAGAUCAUGCAAAAUCAGCAGUGUUGCAGAAAAAAUUACCUAUAUCCCUAAUAGACCGUGCCCUUCACAAUCUCUUUUCAAUUAGAAUAAGAUUAGGCCUAUUUGAAGGAAAUCCAACCAAACUUCCAUUUGGCAUGAUUGGUCCCAACCAUGUCUGUUCCAAAGAUCACUUAUAUCUUUCUCUUGAAGCUGCAAGAAACGGCAUUGUGCUUUUAAAAAACACUGCUUCACUUCUUCCACUUCCAAAAACAAGUAUUUCUUUAGCAGUUAUAGGUCCUAAUGCAAAUGCUUCCCCUUUAACAUUAUUAGGAAACUAUGCUGGCCCUCCUUGUAAAUACAUUACUAUACUUCAAGGUUUUCAGCACUAUGUUAAGAACACUGUUUUUCAUCCUGGUUGUGAUGGUGGACCAAAGUGUGCUUCAGCUCAAAUAGACCAAGCAGUGGAAGUUGCAAAGAAAGUUGAUUAUGUUGUUUUGGUUAUGGGAUUGGAUCAAAGUGUAGAGCGGGAAGAACGUGAUCGCGUUCAUCUUGACUUGCCAGGCAAGCAACUUGAACUCAUUAACAGUGUUGCUGAAGCUUCGAAGCGGCCGAUUAUUUUGGUGCUUCUUUGUGGAGGCCCUGUUGAUAUCAGUUCAGCUAAAUAUGAUAACAAAAUUGGAAGUAUUGUAUGGGCUGGUUAUCCGGGUGAACUUGGCGGCAUUGCACUUGCUCAGGUUAUCUUUGGUGAUCAUAACCCAGGAGGAAGACUACCAAUAACUUGGUAUCCAAAAGAUUACAUCAAAGUUCCAAUGACAGACAUGAGGAUGCGAGCUGAUCCCUCAACCGACUAUCCCGGAAGAACUUACAGAUUUUACAAAGGUCCUACGGUGUAUGAUUUCGGCCAUGGACUAAGCUACACAAAAUAUUCCUAUCAGUUUGUUUCUGUUACGCGUGACAAACUUCAUUUCAAUCAAUCAUCCACUCAUUUGAUGGUUGAAAAUUCAGAAACAAUAAGAUACAAAUUAGUUUCAGAAUUGAGUGAAGAAACAUGCCAAAGCAUGUUGGUUUCAGUAACAAUUGGAGUUAAAAAUAAUGGAAACAUUGUGGGGAGACAUCCUAUAUUGCUGUUUAUGAGACCGCGAAAGCCGAGAAUUGGAAGUCCUAUCAAACAAUUGGUUGGUUUUGAGAGUGUGUUGUUAGAUGCAGGGGAAAUGAGCCAUGUUGGAUUUGAGCUUAGUCCUUGUGAGCAUCUUAGUAGAGCAAAUGAAGGUGGUUUAAAGAUCAUAGAAGAAGGGUCUCAUUUGUUGUUUGUGGGUGAUGAAGAGUAUCCUAUAGAUAUCAUUGUUUGAUGCUUACAUAUUUUAAGAGUCAACCCACUAAUUCUUAAUAUUAAGUGAGAUCUAAAGUAAACUUUAAUGUAUGUGUCAUUUUUGUCUGUUUAUGUGACCUUUUUGUUUAUAAAAAACUAAAUAAAUGUUUGUUUAUAGAUCUAUAGUGAGGAUUUUAGUAACUUCUUCAACAAGGUAGAGCUAAUAUAGUGAACCUGUUUAUGAGACAUGAUUCAUUUGGCGAUUGUAUGUACUGUAAUGUGAUUCCAGCUUUGUAUUCGUAAUAUGAUAUUUAGAUGAGGGAAGCACUUUUUUAAUUCAGCAUUGUAUAUGUAAAAGUUGAUCAUUUGUAUUUUUGUAAUUGUUGCGUAAUUUAUGAAUAAAUAAAUAUCA